GUUUGAGAAAAAUUAAAGAUUAUAGUUUGAUAAAGUUUUUAUGCGAAAGAAUUCCGAAAAGUUCUAGUUGCUAGAACACAAAGUUACAUCGUUGACUGAAGAUUUUUACAUAGAGCGUUGUCGGGGUCUAGAGUAGUUUUCCCGCGUGUUCCAAUCGCGAAAUUGAGUUUAUUCAAGAAAUUUCGAGUAGAUUCGUGCUAAGAUAAUCAACUGUCAAAUUUUAUAUUGCUCCUCCUUGAAACUCAAACCCAUUAUUUUUUUUCUUUAUUCGGUGCAGAAUCUGCCAAAAUUGCGUCUUUGUUCCAGCCGGUUUUGGCAACAUUAAACGGUUUCAGAGCUGAAAUAUGUCGAGAAUACGGAGGUUGGGAAUUCGAGGAAUUCGCAAUUUUGGUCCAGGCGAUGAGAAACAAUUACAAACCAUAGUAUUCAGUCAUCCGCUAACUCUGAUACUGGGCCCAAAUGGAACCGGGAAAACAACUAUCAUUGAAUGCCUGAAAUAUGCAACAACUGGAGAAUUCCCUCCAGGAAGUACUGGAGGUGGAAGAGCUAAUUCGUUCAUUCACGAUCCGCUGCUCACCAACGAAAGCUCUGUAAGGGCUCUAGUAAAAGCUGAAAUAGUUGACAUCAGAGGAGAGCAAGUGACAGUAUCGCGUAGACUGGAGUGUACUCAGCAGAAGUAUGGUAAAAAAUUCCAAACACUAGACAGUGCACUGUCACGGAUCGAUCCAGCAACUGGAGAGAAAAUCGCAAUCAGUCAUCGCUGUGCAGACAUAGACUCUGAAAUGGAACUAGCCUUAGGAGUGUCAAAGCCGAUUUUGAAUUACGUCAUUUUUUGUCAUCAAGAGGAAUCUACUUGGCCUUUGGAGGAUGGAAAAAAACUGAAAGAACGAUUUGAUCAGAUAUUUGAUUCUGAAAAAUAUAACAAAGCGUUGGAAAAAGCCAGGCAAAUUAGUAAAAAAUUACAAAUUGAAAUUCGCGUAUCAAAAACUCAGGAAAAAAGCUUGAAAAUCCUUCUUGAAGAGGCUACUGAAAAAAAGAAAAAUUUAGCUAAAAAUGAAAGGCGACUAGCUAAUUCUGUUGCUAGAAUUACAGAGAUUUCAUCAAAGAUACAACCCAUUGCUGAAGAACUAUCUCAAUUAAGAAAUACUGAGGUAUCUUACAUGAAAUUGCAUACUGAAAAAGAAACUAAAAAAACUGAGUUUGUACUAUUGAAACAGCAGAUUGCUGAUUUGAAAAAAAACAUUCAAACUCUUCACAAAGGUACACUGGAAGAAUUGGAAAAGGAAAUACUGGCAUAUGAUUCAAUACUGACUGAGAUGGAAGCUGAAUUGUCCACUUUGAAAGUGAAUUUAAAACAAAUUGAUAAAGAAGAGAACAACUUGAAGCAGGUUAUUGGUAAACAACAAUUAUCAAUUGGCGAAUUAAAGCAGCAAACUCAAGCUUUACAAACAAACAUUAUCACCCGAAACCAAAAUCUUGAGGAAAUGCUAACGAAAUGGGGUAUGGAUGGAGUUGGUCCUGAAAUAACUGAAACAGAGGCAUCAACCUGUUUGGAUCGAUUGAAAGAAAAACUUCAUGAUAUGGAAGCGGGUAUUAAAGAUACAGUUCUAGAGCAACAAAAUAUCGAACAACAAUUACAAAAAGACUUGGAUGAGCUGAGAGAUAAAAAGUCUAAACUUGAAUCAGGAAUGAAUUUGCUCAAAAAACAGAUUGCCGAAAAACGGAAAGAGUGUGGUAAAAUGCACGCCCUAAUAGAUGAGGUGAACGUAUUAGCGAGUAAACUGGACAUCAUUAAUUCCAAAUUACAAGAAGCAAAUAAAAACGUCGACUGCCUGGCUGGAAGCCUCGACGUCAAUAUUGUGAAAAAAAAUAUACUGGAUGCUAUAAAAAACCGUGAUGAAAUGGAAAUGAACUUGGAUAAAAUCAACAAGGAAGUAACGUUGCUUCAGCAACAAAGCUCAUUAAAUGGCGAACUCGAUCUGCUCAAGUCUAAUUUGUCUGCAAAAGAAAAGGACGUACAGAAACUGAAGAACAAGCAUGAAGAUAACUUGAAGAUGCUAUUGAAUGUCAAAGUCUUGCCAGAUACCGAUCUUAAACGUGCACUCAAUCGUGUCCAGGACAGCUUGACUGAUCGCAUAAGAGAAUUGAAUGAAGCUAUGCAAAAACAACAACGUCAGUUAUCUAGCUUAGAAACGACGAAAAAGUUCAAAGAACGUGAAUUACAGGAAAAAAAUAACGAAUUAGAAAAUAUGCAAGAUGAAAUAGAAACAAUGUGCCAUGGUAAAGAAUAUAACGAAGUUUUGCUACUUGCUAAAAAAACUGUACAAGAUUUACAAGACUCCAAAGGAUUGUAUGCUUAUAAGAGUAUAGCGUACAAAGAUUAUAUACAAAAAACUGAUUCGUGCUGUCCAUUGUGUCAUCGGAAUUUUGAAAAUCAACAAGAUAUUGAAGAUUUCAAAUCAGAGUUAACUGAUGAAAUAAAUAAAUAUCCCAAUCAGUUGAAAACGUGUGAAGAACAAUUGAUAAUUCAGCAAAAACGGUACGACUCUUUGGUACAGCUGCAACCCCUUGUAAAAAAAGUCGUUGAGAUGGAAAAUGUCACGUUGAAGACCCUGAGGGAAGAUCUCAGUAACAUCAAGCAGAAGUUAUCUGAAUCACAUACGCAGAUUGAGAAAUUGAGAUUAGAACUAGCUGAACCGGAAAAUAAACAAGCGCAGUGCAAAGAUAUUAUUGGCGACAUAGCCUUGUGGGAUCAAUAUUCAGCAGAGGUAACAAAAUUAGUUCAAGCGAUAGCUCAUGUUAAGAGCCGUCUGCCCGAACGAACGGACGAUAAAUCGAUGCAAGAAGUUCAAGGUGAACAAGAAUCUGUGCGAAAAGAACUCAGUACAGUUCGCAAGCAAAUUGAGAGCCUUCAAUUGUCACUAAAUAAUUACAAUGAAAAAUUGCAAAACGCGAGAGAAACUAGAAAUAAACUUGCCGAGGAGCAAUUAAGGAUUACAUCAGAGGUUCAGAACCUUAAACAACUACAGGACAAGCUGAAAGACUUAUCUGCGGAAGAAACGGCUCUUCAAGAAAGCGUUCAGGAGUCGCAAAUCGAAUUGGGACCUGUUAGUCAGCAACUCUUAGCUAAGGAUCAUCUCUUACAAAAAACGAAGAAAGAACAUCAGCAGUUCUUGGAAAAAGAAAGAGCUAUUUUCGCUGAAAAAUCUAGAAGUCUGCAUGAUUUGAAUGCUGUUCAGUUGGCAAUUGAAAAAAGCAUUCGUCGUGGGGUAGUGGAAGCAUUGAAAAGGGCUGAGGCUGUUAUAACAAAGUACCAGAAGCAGGCAGAUGAAUUGGAUUGGGAGAAGAGUGAAAUAUCUUCUAAAAUGCAUGAUAUAGUAAACAAUAUUUCCAAGCAAGAGACCUUAAAACGGGACAUGAAAGAUAACGUGGUGCUGAAACAAAAGACAAUGGCAGCUAGAGAACUUGAACAUCAAGUUUCUGAGCUCCGAGAGAAAUUAGGUGACAUGAAUUAUCGCCAGUUAAUGGAACAAAAAACAAAAUUGACCGAGGAACAAGAAGAUCUAUUCAGAGAAAAAAACAUUGAACGAGGAGGUCAGGAUGAAAUAGCACUCAACAUUAAGAAAUUGAAGAACGAGCUCGAUAAAGAAAUCUUUAGGAUGGCACACAAAAAUUACGUAAAUAAAUGUGCUGAAGUUUUGGUGCAAGAGCAAACUGUGAAAGAUAUAACAUUGUACAUCACAGCUCUAGAUCAGGCAAUAAUUGAGUAUCACGAAGAGCGAAUGGCUACGGUAAACAAAAUCAUACUUAAUCUUUGGGAGCUAAUCUAUAAGGGCAAAGACACAACAUCCAUUCAGAUUCACACUGAACGCACUGAAGGACAAUCUGAGAAGAAAAGGGUUUAUAAUUACAAAGUUGUGCAAGAGAAACAGAAAGUUACCAUGGACAUGAAAGGACAUUGCAGCGCUGGUCAGAAGGUACUGGCUUCAAUUAUUAUUAGAAUGGCUCUUGCUGAAACAUUUGCCAAAAAUUGCGGUAUAUUUGCGUUGGAUGAGCCAACAACAAACCUUGAUGUCAGUAACAUGGAUAGUUUAGCUAAAGCACUUGCUACGAUUGUUAAUAUUCGUUCAAAGCAUCAGAAAAAUUUCCAAUUAAUCGUUAUCAGCCACGACGAAUCUUUUGUGAAGCAAUUGACCAGAGUGAACAGAAUCAAGAGGGUGCACGAGCUCUAUCGUAAUGAAAUUGGACUAACGCAGAUUAAGACGUGGUGCGUUGAUGUUACCGCAAGCGAUGCCCCAGUUGAUCCAGAUUCCUCUGAAGAAGAGGAAGCCAAAGAUACCGAGGCAGAAAUCCGUUCACGUAAACGAAGAAGACUUGCAGAAGAAAGAAAACAGCUGGCUCUUACUGCGUCCCGUAAAAAGAAGAUCGCAAGAAUGGACAUCUAACAAGGAUAACAAAUGACUGAAUGAUUUGAAAAGUGUAUUUUGCAGGGAAUCUUUGCCUUAUUCCAUAUACUUAACCAGAUAUUUUAUAAGUAGAAUAUUUCAUCAUAUUGUUUACUAAGAAUUUUCCUAACAUUGAUACUCAAGUUUAAGUAUUAAUAUUUCAGUGUAGAUCACUGUUCCAUUUUGAAAUCAUUUUAUCAAUUUUAACUGUUAUAGUUUUCAUUGAAACGUUUUCUAUGUUUUUGUAUUGUUGCAAAGUUGAGGUAUGUUUGUUUUUUGCGAAUUUUCAGUACAAAAGUACGAAUACCAAAGCAAAACAACGAAUGAUUGUUAAGGUACCAAAAAACCAAACUGUUUAUUAUUGAAUUUAAAUAUAGUACGGGUAUUCUUCAUAA